GCCUGUGCUGCAGCCUGCUGGUGGAGCACGUGAGCUAAUUAGUGGUUCACUGACAGCCGGUUCGCUGGCACCAUCACGCCUCGACACAUCGGACGUUGGCGAGCGUCUUAAUGCGAUGAGCCGACAAUGCCUUGAUCAUGGCUCACCUCCGGAUCGCGUUGGCCGUCGUGGUUGUUGUCCAGGUCGUCCUGUACCGAAGCGGCGACGCUCUGCGGUGUAACUGCACCACCGCCCAGUGUGAGAGGAAUGGUUUCCAGUGUGAGACCGAUGGUGCCUGCAUGGCCUCCACCUCCUUUAUUGAUGGCAUCGAGCAGCACAUCCGCAUCUGCAUCACACGGGACAAACUUGUGCCCCCUGGACAGCCAUUCUACUGCCUCAGUGCAGAGGGCUUGCUCAACAUCCACUGCUGCUACACGGACUACUGCAACAGCAUCGACCUCAAAGUACCCUCAGUGAGGUCUCCAGCAGGUCUCGGGGGAGGAUACGGCCCAGGCGGGACAUGGGGGCUGGUGCAACUCGUUGCUGUGAUUGCCGGGCCGCUGUUUCUGUUGUGUCUGCUGCUGCUGAUGGGCGCAUUCCUGUAUCAGUACCACCAGAGGGCCUACAGCCACAGGCAAAGGCUGGAGGUGGACCCCUCCUGUGACCACCUGUACAUGACCAAAGACAGGACCCUGCAGGACCUCAUAUACGAUCUGUCCACGUCUGGUUCAGGCUCCGGGCUGCCUUUGUUUGUCCAGCGGACCGUGGCCAGAACAAUUGUCCUCCAAGAGAUCAUCGGCAAAGGGCGUUUCGGGGAGGUGUGGCGAGGCCGUUGGCGGGGUGGUGACGUGGCCGUGAAGAUCUUCUCAUCCCGAGAGGAGCGCUCCUGGUUCCGUGAGGCUGAGAUCUAUCAGACCAUCAUGCUCCGCCAUGAAAACAUCCUGGGCUUUAUAGCUGCUGACAACAAAGACAAUGGCACGUGGACCCAGCUGUGGCUGGUGUCGGACUACCAUGAGCACGGCUCUCUGUUUGACUACCUGAAUCGCUACUCUGUCACGACUGAAGGAAUGAUCAAACUGGCGCUGUCGGCCGCCAGCGGCCUGGCACAUCUGCACAUGGAAAUUCUCGGAACCCAAGGAAAGCCGGGCAUCGCCCACAGAGACCUGAAGUCCAAGAACAUCCUCGUGAAGAAGAAUUGCACCUGUGCCAUCGCUGACCUGGGCUUGGCCGUCCGUCACGACUCUGCCACAGACACUAUCGACAUUGCGCCCAAUCAGAGGGUGGGCACCAAGAGGUACAUGGCUCCAGAGGUUCUGGAUGAGACGAUCAAUAUGAGACACUUUGACUCAUUCAAAUGUGCUGAUAUCUACGCUUUGGGACUGGUCUACUGGGAGAUUACUCGCCGCUGUAAUAGUGGAGGGAUCCAUGAAGAGUACCAGCUGCCCUACUAUGACCUGGUCCCUUCUGAUCCUUCCAUAGAGGAGAUGAGGAAGCUGGUGUGUGACCAAAAGCUGCGACCCAACAUCCCUAAUUGGUGGCAGAGCUAUGAGGCCUUGCGGGUUAUGGGCAAAAUCAUGAGGGAGUGUUGGUAUGCUAACGGCGCUGCCCGCCUGACGGGCCUGCGCAUCAAGAAGACCCUCUCCCAGCUCAGCAUCGAAGAGGACAUUAAAGUCUGACCUGACUGACACUGAGAUGAAGGGGCCGGGCCCUUGACUAAGAACACACGACAUAGAGAACGUGAUGGAGAUUCGCACUUUGUAAAAUAUUCCUCCAUUGACACUCCUGCCAGUUUUGAAGCCACUUGAUUUCUGACGAGCCCUACCUCGCUUACCCAGCCAAACUACCAGAACACCUUUCCUGUCUUGUCCUCAGCUACUGCUGCCCUUUCUGUUCCACUCAACACUCCAACCUAACAAGGAUCCUUUGGAUUUCCUGUGUACUUGUAUGCAAUCGAUUGCAGGAUAUGUAAUUAACCAUUUAAUAUUUUGAAAAGCGGUUGCUGAUUUUCCCUCAACGCCUCUUGAUCACAUUAGCUUGAUAGUUAACAAAUAGCAUUUGCUGUUUUUGUCUUUGAAAGGGGUGAAGCUGGGAGGGUUAGAUUGAUUUACUUGUAUUUUAUUAUUCUGUCAUUUAAUGACUAGAUCUUGUUAUUAAUAUGUGGAUGUUUGUAAAGUGCAGGUUUCUUUUUGCCACCUAUAGCAUUCAGGCACAUUACCAACUCUGUGUGUGGAACUGCAGGCCAAUUACUUUACAACAAGGUGUUUGAAGACUUCAAAGACACCAGAAAUGUAGGGCAACUUGCCAAACUGGAUUUAGCCUUUGGACCCCUUGCCUGAGCCCUCCCCCAUCAGCUGCUGUUUCCUGAUUACCAAUCAACCCGUACUUUCUCUGAGUUCACAUGGAGGACUUCUGAGCAAAAUGCAUUUCACGAGGAUGAAGGGUUGAACGUCGAGCAACAGCUGCCGAGGAGUUGAUGGUGUAUGUUUGGUCUUUGAUCUUCUGAGCUGACACGCUUUAGAUUGGGAAACGUCUCAGAAAAAACAAGAAUCUAAUGUAUAGAAUAUUUAAAUGAUAGUAUUCCAAUCUGAAAGCAGCCGCUGUCUCUGGAUCAACACACAGACCAUAACCUGCCAUGAGGAUAAACUUUGCUGAUAUGCACGACCUUCAGAUAAACAUUUUGCCCUCAGCAGCAGCCAAUUGUAUUUACACUGUACUCUAAUACGGGAAAAUCUUUUUUUAUUUGUAAUCCCUUUUUAAAUACACUUACUCCAGGAAUCUAAGUAAUAGUUUGUUUUAAUGUUAAUUUUUUAUAUUGCUGAAGCAUGUCCAAUGUUCUUUUCACCUCAGGGCACAUUUUCCCUGGCGAAGUAUAACUACUGGAAAUAUACUAGCUUUUUAAGGUAAUACUUGUGUACAUUUGACAGUUAAAUUGAAUUGUAUGUUAAUACUUAUGUAAUGUUAUAGAUGGUUGAAUCUUUUGUAUAUCAACCUACUUUUUGACCUCUGAAGCGAGAUUGCCGUACGUGUCAGACUGCGUAUGUUGAAAUUCUCCUUCAGCCCUCUAUCACGCCAGAGCAGUAUAUGAUGUCAUCAAUGUUCCCCUCACAGCUCGUGUUGCUUCGCCAUACAAAACCUCCUCAAUGUGCACAUUGUCUGUGGAUUGUUUCUGUCAAGCUAAUCACUGUCUACAUCUUUAGGUUUUCAGGAAGUAGGUGGGCUUUUGUCAUUACCUGUAUGCAAAUUCAAGAGGUACCGUCUGUGUGGUCUUUCCCAUGAUAUUUAUGUGUAUGCUGUGAGUCCCAUGUGCGCUACUACUGACCUCACAGCACUAAAACCAAAUUGUUCUCAGAACCAUCUCAAAUCAUGGCCUGGUGUUUAUUUAAGGUGACAAAACGAGACUGUUUAUACACAUCAUGCCAACCAGGUGCAGUACAUUCCAUCUGACUGGAAACUGUAAAGAGAAUCUGACUUUCUUUGGGAAAAUAAAUACUACUGAAAUGUCUCAACGUUGUCUCGCCCAUGUUUAACCAAUACUAGAUUGUAUCGUUCAAGUCUCACAGGUGGUUUCUCAGAACAAAGACUGGGACGCUCAGUUUGAUAGGUGGUUGAGUGGUGAUCCUAUUCAUACUAGAGGAAUGUUUGUUAAAUUGUAUUUGCCUUACAAUGUAUAACAUGCUUAGUGUAUUUAAGAUUUUAAUGCCGUUCUAAUGUACCCCAAUUGAGGUGAGUCAAAGCAAGGAUGCAUUGUUCUAAGGUUGACAACUCCCAGGUCUGUCUAUUCAUGGCAGACGACUGCAUCCAUGUAAAAAAAAAAUCAGGAAGUCAAUCAUGUACCUUCUAAGAGUAAUAAAUGCAAUUGUUUUCA